ACUUUUAUUUCAGAAAAUCUGCAAGCCAGAGAUUAUUAAAAUGAGCAAAUUCUCAGAAAUAUUCAAAAAGAUAUAAGUGAUGGAAAACGGAACGAUGAAACUUGACACUAUGAAUAAUGUGGCCGACGAAAGUCUUCCGGAUAAAGUUGAGGAUAUGUACAAGAUACUGGUUGAGAUAUCUAGAGAACUGGAGAGGAUUAAAUUCAUGCUCAAUAAACGAGCUGCAAAAUAAUAGAUCUAUUAAUCUCAUCGACAAUAACAGAUCUCUGGAUAAAAGUUCAGAGAAGAAUUGUCGACAGAAGAACGAGAUGAAUAGUUCCUCAUCUCAUCAAUCCUUGAAUAAGCUCAACUUUACCUCAAACCACACCUCCAGUCCUCCCAACCACACCUCCAGUCCUCCCAACCACGCCUCCAGCCCUCCCAACCACGCCUCCAGUCCACUAAACCACACCUCAAGUCCACUAAAUAACCUCACACUACCUAAAGAAUUUAUGACUUCGAACAUGUUCGGGGGAGCAAAGGUAUUUCAGGAGGAAACCAAUUUUCAAUUAAACUCUAUAGGACCUAUCCGACCUCCCUCGCCUUUUCUCAUUGUGGCAAACAAGAUCUUAAAAGGACCAGUUAUUCUAAAUGUUGGUGGAAAAAAGCAUGAAGUAAGAUGGAAUACUCUUGACAAAUAUCCAACUUCGAGAUUAGGCAGGCUCAGACACUGUGUUACUCAUAGAGGGUUGCAGCAGAUCUGUGAUUCCUACUCUCUUGAACACAGGGAAUAUUAUUUUGAUCGAUCUCCAAGAAACUUCGACGCCAUCCUUUGCCUCUACAGAACUGGUAAACUUCAUCUAUCCCAAGGAGUGUGCGUUCAGGAUUUCUGUGAAGAGCUGGAAUACUGGGGAUUAGAUGAUCUACACAUGGAACCAUGUUGUCAGCAUACAUACUAUAGAGCUAGGUGGCUGCUACCAGAAACUGAUGAAAAGGAGGAAAAAGAGGAAGAUUUUGGUUCAGGAUUCUGUGCUCCAACUCAGAAACAUCUCUGGAAUUUGUUUGAGAAUCCGCACCACUCAUUUGCUGCCAAGUGUGUAGCAGUAGUAUCCUGCCUAUUUGUUGUUGUAUCUACCCUCUGCCUGAUUAUCUCAACCCUCCCUUCAUUUCAACAGAAAGAUCUCAGCGGCAUUGCACAGGAAGAAUACUUUUUCGAGGUUGCCGAGGCUGUAUUUGUUGGUUGGUUCACCUUUGAAUAUGUGAUUCGUUUUAUUGCAGCACCACAUAAAAUAAAGUUUUUGAAAGCAGUAAUGAAUAUUAUAGACCUGCUGGGUAUCCUUCCAUACUUUAUGUCCCUCUCUAUCUCACUCAUUACAACCUCAGGAGGGUUGAACACGGACCAGGCCAAGUAUCAGGAUGAAAUGAGAAGAAUUGCUCAAAUCUUCAGAAUCAUGAGGAUACUAAGGAUUUUCAAGUUAGCUCGUCAUAUUACCGGUUUACAAACACUAGGGAUGACCCUGAGGAACAGUUAUAAGGAGCUGGGGUUGCUCAUGUUGGUUGUAAUCAUGGGUAUGCUCAUAUUCAGCGGUUUAGCUUAUGUGGCAGAGAAGGAUGAAGUAGAUACAAACUUCAUCUCUAUGCCGCAGGCCUUGUAUUGGGCAAUUAUCACGAUGACGUCCGUAGGAUACGGGGAUAUAUCUCCUACCACAUGGUUUGGCAAGCUAGUAGGAUCAGCAUGUGCAAUCUGUGGUGUGCUGUGUAUCUCCCUUCCCAUCCCCAUCAUCGUGAACAACUUCAACAAGUUCUACGAGAAGGCCAAGAUUGAGGAGGAGAUCCUUCUCAAGAAGAAGAAAGCGUCCUGGGAGGAUGCAAAGCGAGGUGUAUUUCAAAACAUUCAUGAUUCUUUUGAAGAAUUAAGUUCAGCCCAUUGUAAUGAUAAAAAUGCUCAAUUCUCUCCUGAAAACAAUUUUGAAGAUUUGAUUCACAGUAGAAAACUCAGUCUUAUCCAGUGCACUUCACCAUCUAGUAAAGUUUCCAUGAUCUCUGGAGGUCAAGUCUUAGGAUUCCAUGAAUCUAGUCAUACUAUUAAUAGUAGCGGGGGUCACAUGGAGACACCUCUUGUAAAUAACUUUACUAACUCAACAAACUCACAGGAUCCCAACGGUGUAAAACUUUCCAGGCAUGAGACGCAAUUUUUCAGUGAAAAGGCCCAGAACCCACAUCGGAGCAUUUCACUGCAAAAUACAUUCUAAUAUAUUUUUAUAGAAUCUCUAAUAUAGAUAAACUCAUUCAUAUAAUUUAUAUAAAUAUUUAAAGUAUUGCUCUUCUUCCCAUUCUUAAUAUUUAUCUAGACCAAGUUGUUUCUGGACGGGAUUAUGUAAUAAUUAAACGUUUUCGUAAACUUUAAAAAUUGUGGCAGCAAAUAUUACAAAAUGAUCCAUUAUAUUUUUCAUUAAUUUAAAGGCUAAAUAUUUAGUAUUUUUCAGUUGAUGCUUACAAUCAAAGCCAUAAUAUUUGAAGAUAGUUAAUCAUGUAAAGAAUUUGAAGAAAGCCAACCAUGUAAAGAAUUUUAAGAAAGCCAACCAUGCAAAGAAUUUGAAGAAAGCCAA